AUGAGCGGAAUUCUGACGAAAGUGAUACGGCUGCCGGUGAAGUUUCCAUUGUUACGCGGAAUGGUCUCGUACGCUUUGAUUUGGCCAACUUGCAGCGUGGUGCAGGAGUAUCUGGAGCACGGCACGACGCUGGCCGACGCAGACUGGGCGCGGGCGGCUCGAUACGGAGUCUUCGGCACUUUCUUCAUGGCACCGCUAUUCUACAACUGGAUGAAGUACUCGGGGCGGUUCUUCAAGGGGAGAACUCUUAAGACCGCCGUCUUCAGAGCCGCGAUAGAGCAGGUCUCUUACUCGCCGGUCGCUAUGGCCUACUUCUUCUUCGGCAUGAGCUUAUUGGAGAUGAGGCCGUUGAGCUCCUGCGUGGAGGAGGUGCGCCUCAAGUUCUGGGACGCGUACAAGAUCGGCGCGCUGUUCUGGCCCGCCGCGCAGACUAUCAACUUCUACUUCGUCUCGGAGAGGAAUCGCAUCGUCUUCGUCAGCGCGGCCAGUUUCGUGUGGACGGUGUACCUCGCCCAUGUGAAAUCGAGGCGGGAUGGAGGGUCGGAUAAAAGGAACGCUAUU